UGAAAGAUGCAUGAGUGUGAUGCAGUCUGGGACGCAGAUGGUGAAGCUCAAGAGUGGAACCAAGGGGCUGGUCCGGCUCUUCUACCUGGACGAGCACAGGAGCUGCAUCCGAUGGAGGCCCUCCCGGAAGAGCGAAAAGGCAAAAAUUGUCAUCGACUCCAUUUACAAAGUCAGCGAGGGCCGGCAGUCGGAGAUCUUCCACCGCCACGCCGAGGGCAGCUUCGACCCCAGCUGCUGCUUCACUAUUUACCAUGGGAACCACCUGGAGACCCUGGACCUGAUCACGUCCAACCCCGAGGAGGCUCGCACCUGGAUCACGGGGCUCAAGUACCUCCUGGCCGGGAUCAGCGACGAGGACUCGCUCGCCAAGCGCCAGAGAACGCACGACCACUGGGUGAAGCAGACCUUCGAGGAGGCUGACAAGAACGGGGACGGGCUGCUGAACAUCGAGGAGAUCCACCAGCUGAUGCACAAGCUGAACGUGAGCCUGCCCCGCAGGAAGGUCCGGCAGAUGUUCCAGGAGGCAGACACAGAUGAGAACCAAGGAACCCUGAACUUUGAAGAGUUCUCAGUGUUUUACAAGAUGAUGUCCUUGCGUCGAGAUCUCUACCUGCUGCUCCUAAGCUACAGUGACAAGAAGGAUCAUCUCACAGCUGAAGAGCUGGCUCAGUUUCUGAGGGUGGAACAGAAGAUGAAUAAUGUGACACCAGAAUAUUGUCUGGACAUCAUACAGAAGUUUGAAGUGUCAGAAGAAAACAAGAAGCAAAAUGUUCUUGGGAUUGAAGGCUUCACCAGCUUCAUGCGCAGCGCGGCGUGCGAGGUGUCCAACCCCCUGCACCGCCAGGUGCACCAGGACAUGGAGCAGCCCCUGUGCCACUACUUCAUCGCCUCGUCCCACAACACCUACCUGAGCGGGGACCAGCUGCUCUCGCAGUCGCGGGCCGAGAUGUACGCACGGGUGCUGCAGGCCGGCUGCCGCUGCGUCGAAGUGGAUUGCUGGGAUGGCCCAGAUGGGGAGCCAGUGGUACACCAUGGCUACACCCUGACUUCCAAAAUCCUCUUCCGAGAAGUGGCAGAAACCAUCAAUAAAUACGCCUUCAUCAAAAACGAGUUUCCAGUGAUACUGUCCAUUGAAAACCACUGCAGUAUUCAACAGCAAAAGAAGAUUGCCCAAUACCUGAAGGAGAUAUUUGGUGACAAACUGGACUUGUCAUCUGUGAGCACUGGAGAUCCCAGACAGCUUCCCAGCCCUCAGGAUUUAAAAGGGAAAAUCUUAGUGAAGGGUAAGAAGUUGCCCUGCAGCCUUGGAGCAGAUGCUGAGGAAGGAGAAGUUUCAGAAGAGGACAGUGCUGAUGAAAUCGAGGAUGACUGCAAGUUAAAGCCCUGCUUUAGCAAUGGUGCAACUCAGCACCAGGUGGAAUCCUUCAUACGAACAAAACUGGAAUCUCUGCUAAAAGAAUCCCAAAUCAGGGACAAAGAGGAUCCUGACAGCUUCACUGUGAGAGCCCUGCUGAAGGCAACUCACCAGAGUUUCAAUGUGAACCUCAAGCAGAACCUGGACACAAAAGAAGGUGGAAAAAAGUCUCAUGGUCGAUCAUUAAUGGGCAACUUUGGUAAACACAAGAAAGCUGCAAAGGCAGCAGCCAAGGCCCACAGUGCCUCGGACGAUGAGGAUGGCCAGCAGCACCCUCCUGGCAAGGAGCAGCCCCACAGGCUUGCCCGCCGCAGGAAGACAGUGAAGCUGUGCCGGGCCCUGUCUGACCUGGUGGUGUACACCAACUCCGUGGCAGCCCAGGACAUCGUGGAUGAUGGCUCCACAGGGAACGUGCUGUCGUUCAGUGAGACCAGAGCCCACCAGGCAGUGCAGCAGAAGGCUGAGCAGUUCAUGCUUUACAACCAGAGGCAGCUGACCAGGGUCUAUCCCUCAGCCUACCGGAUCGACUCCAGCAACUUCAACCCCGUUCCUUACUGGAAUGUGGGCUGCCAGUUGGUGGCCCUAAACUACCAGUCUGAGGGACGUGUGAUGCAGUUAAAUGAAGCAAAAUUCAGGGUAAAUGGCAACUGUGGUUAUGUCCUCAAACCUCAGCAGAUGUGCAAAGGCACAUUCAACCCCUACUCUGCUGAUCCACUUCCUGCCAGUCCUAAGAAGCAGCUUAUCCUGAAGAUCAUCAGUGGGCAGCAGCUCCCCAAGCCUCCUGACUCAAUGCUGGGGGACAGAGGAGAGAUAAUAGAUCCCUUUGUUGAGGUGGAGAUUAUUGGGUUACCUGUUGACUGCUGUAAAGAUCAGACCAGGGUGGUGGAUGAUAAUGGGUUCAAUCCUGUGUGGGAGGAGACCCUGACCUUCACCAUCCACAUGCCCGAAAUUGCCCUGGUGCGGUUCCUUGUCUGGGACCACGAUCCCAUCGGGAGAGACUUUGUGGGGCAGAGAACUGUGGCCUUCAGCAGCCUCGUGCCCGGCUAUCGCCACGUGUAUUUAGAAGGACUGACAGAAGCUUCCAUAUUUGUUCAUAUAAUCAUUAAUGAGACCUAUGGAAAGUGGAGCCCUUUAAUCCUCAAUCCCAGUUACACAAUAAUGCACUUUCUAGGAGCCACAAAGAGCAAGCAGCUGAUCGGGCUCCGAGGGCUGUUCUCCAAGGCGCCCAAGGCGGGCACUGCCGAGGCCGGCGGGCAGCACGUGCGGAAACGCUCCAUCGGCGAGCGCAUCCUGCGGCGCACGGCCAGCGCCCCGGCCAAGGGCAGGAAGAAGAGCAAGAUGGGCUUCCUGGAGGCUGCUGAGAUCAAGGACAGCGCCUCUGAGCCAACAGACCUGAAGGACAAGGAAGGGGUGGUCCGGCGGCCAAAGCGGAGCUUGCAGGCACGCCCCGCGUCCAUGCCCGUGGACAGAUUCCUCAUGGUAGAGCUGCCCUGCCCAGCAGAGGACACUGCCCAGGAGGCCAAGGGAGAGGAAAACUCAUCUGCCAACAGUGAUGACAAAACAAAUGAGAAGGAAACAAGCUUGAAAGAAUUGGCUUUUCCACGUUCGGAGCAAAAGGCAAGUGCUUCAAAUUUAGCAUCUCAGUUCAAGGAGAAUGACCAGAGGGAUUCUACAGCUGACUCUUUAGUACCACCUUCACAGGAGCAACCUGAACAUUUGGAUUUUGCAAAUGGUGUAGCUCAAACAAAUCACCUCGUGGACUACCAGGAGAAUAAUCCUUCUGAUGGAACUGUCCCCCUAAUGCAAGACUCUGACUCUGAACUUCCCACAGAAAAAUCACACCACAAAAACUGUGCAGACAGUAAAACAGAUGAUGACACAAAACUAUCUAAGGAAGGGAAAAUCAGUCUCAUGGAGACUUCUCUUUCUCACAAAGCAGAGGUGGAGAAUCACAAAUAUGACACGAAGAAAAGCACUGCAGCACCUCUUUCCCUUUCUUCUGCCGUGUGCUCUGAGGGCCCUGACUGUCACUCCACGGUGACCCUGCAGGACAGUGACAUUUCUCACCUCAUUGAUGAAGUCUCUCUCUCGACUGAGAGCGAGCUGGACAGCGCUGUGUCCGCUCUCAUCGGGCAGCUGGAUGGCACAGAUGACCAAACUCCCCUUCCCGCUGUCUCCAGCCCCCAGGACAGCAGCAGCCAGAGCCCCAGGGCAGGAGCUGCACUCCCACACGUGUUUGCUGCAGACCUGAGCGGCCCCUGUAGGCACAACUUCACUCCCACAAAAUCCAACAAAUCCCCUUUAUUCUCCACUCCGGACGCAGCCGUGUUCUCCAGUUUGGAGGAUGCAGAGUUUUCCACAUACACAGUUAUCCACGAGGCAUCUCCAGCUUCUGAAUGUAAAAGCCACAGGGCAUUGGUUUGCAAGGAAAAAUUAACUAGUCUAGAAAGUGACUUGCCUGGCUCUUGUUCUUCAGCCCUCUCUUUGCUAAAUGCAAAUCCCAAAAGGAAUUGUGCUACAAAAUCUGGACCAAGCUGGGAAGCCCCCGAGUCUGCCAGUUCUUUCGGUUCCAACAGCCUCAUCUCUGAGGAGGUGCUGGGGGCCCCUGUCCCUGGGGAGCACUCGGCCAGCAGCAGCCUGCUGGAGCUGGAUGGGGACUGCCAGGAGCUGCUGGUGACCGCCUGUGAGUACAGACGGGAGGACACGAGCCAGCUGGCUUCUCCUCUGAGCCUGAGGCACAAGCAGGAGCCCGGGCACGGUGCUGACAGCACCUCUGUGAGCAGCUCCACUGCUGCCCAGCGCUGCUCCGAGAGCUCCAGGGCUGCAGGGAGCCCUUUCCCCGCGUGUGAGGGUGCCGGGUUUUUGUGGCAGCAGCGCUCCGGGAAGCACAAGGCUGCAGCGGGCGCUCCCCAGCCCAGCUCAGCCCGCCCCGUGCUCCCGGGGGCUCUGCCGUUCCCCCCUCACCCCGCCAUCCAGCACAGCAGCCCCUGCAAGUCCAAGAGUCUGGGAGACCUGACCUCGGAGGACAUUUCCUGCAACUUUGAGAGUAAGUAUCAGUACAUCAGCAGGAGCUUCAUCUCCUCGGGCCUGAGGGACAGGAAGGUGGCAGCCAUGCAGGGCGUGAGGCCACACUCGACGGACGCGCUGACGGAGCAGCUGCGGAGGCUGCUGUCCCUGGAGCAGGAGGACAGCCGGGAGCCGCUCUGCCCCAGGCAGACGGACGAGGAGUGUCCCCGGGCCCUGGUGAGGAAGCUGUCCUCCCGCAGCCAGAGCCGGGUGCGGAACAUCGCCAGCCGCGCCCGGGAGCGGCAGGAGGCGGCGGGCAAGCAGCGGCCCUGCGGCAGCGGCCUGCCCGGAGUGGUGCUGCGGAAUAAGGCCCCGGGCCCGCCCGCCGCAAACCGGCACUCCACCGGCUCCUACAUCGGCCGAUACCUGCACGGCUGCCCCGGGGAGCGCCGCGGGGUGCCCGAGGGAGCCUGCUCCGCCCUGCAGCACGGCUGUGGGGAGCUGCAGCUGCCGCCCGGCGCUCAGGACCAGCCCGAGUGGAAGCAAUACAAACAAAUGUACCUGCUGCCAAUCCAGCUGCUCCAGGGUGAUGUUCCUGCCAUGAAGUGUCCUGGGAUACCUGAACCACCCUGCUGGUCCUCCCAUGCCCAGGUGCUGUGCUGUUACUGGGAAAAUCAUGUGCAGGAGCCUCAGUCACACACGAGACAGUGGCACAGUGAUUACACUGAUUACAGAUCUGCUUAGACAUGCAGGAGGAGAAAUAAAUUGAAUUUCUACCAGA